GCCAGGGGAGUUAGGGUGUACCCAUUCCAUACCUACGGUAUUAUAGAACAGCUUCUGCAGACAGAAAUGGAUCUUGCAAUCAAUGGAAAGUGUUCAAUGCAACAGCUGUCGAUGUUUGUCGAUUCUGACAGAGUGCAGGUUGCCACUACACUGCAUGAUUAUGGUGUAAAUGAACCCAAAGUGCUGGUCUAUCCUUCUGGUGAUGAUGACACUGGCCCAGAUGAGGUGAUGUUGAAUGUUCAGGGCUAUCUGCUCAAUAGAAGGCUACCACCCAUUCUUUCAAAGACAGAUGGUCUAGCUGGAUGGAAGGUCAAGUGGGAAGGCGGUCACAUUGUUGUGGACUUUCACAACCGCUAUCUGAUGCCACAUAGCAAGGCGCACACCUCGACCAUUCUGACUAUUCCUGAGGAGAUGGACCCUUAUCAUAUACUUCGUAACCGGAUAACAAAUGAGGUCUACACUCAGGACAAUGAGGUCAAGUACUUUGAGCGCACCAAGGAAAGCCAUAAUGGGAUCAUUGUAUUUACUGUAGGGCAGCUGGUGGAGGUGCAGGUGUCUUUUGUUGUUGUGCUGGUGUCAAAAGGAGUAUGGAAGAUGAUUCUGAAGCUAUGGUCCAUUUGUAUAUUGAAUCGAAUCAUUCAGGAGGAGCUGAAUCAGGAGCAUCUUUGCUCUAUGAUGGGUAGUUCAUCCUCUCUGAAGAAAGUGAAGCGGCGGGUGGGCUAUGAGGAGGAUAGUGAUGUGGAGGAAGCUCAAUCUGACCUGAAGCGCAUGCGUCUUGACUCUGUAGAUGAGCAUAGGAAAGGUGACUUUACCAGCAUAGCACAAGUCACCUGCCAGAAGGAGGGCAUUCAACUACCCAAUUUGAGGGAGAAUCUUCUUGCCACCAGAGGCACCAGGAUCACAGAGACCACACUCAUUGUUGCCUGGCUGAGCAAGGAACUCCUUGCAGGCCUCAUUCCAAGCCUCAAGGUUGGGGAAAAGGUUGGACUGGGUGUGGAGGAAGCGACAACUGAAGGUGAUACCUCUGAAAAUACAGGCACUGGCAAAUGCACCUGGGAGGUGAAUGUUGUCAGGACGGAGGGGGCCAGUGGAGGAGGUGACAGCGAGGCAACUGGGAGCAUGCUUGUGGAAGGGAAAGCCCUUGUCCAAGCCCAAGUCAAGAACAGCUUGCUGAUACUUGGUGGAGGAGGAUGGUGUAGUGUUGUCAAGUAG